CUCGUAUAAAUACACCACCUCUCCUCCUCACUAUCCCCACCACCAAAAAGUAGUGAAAGCAGUCUCCGUCUUUCUGUAUCUCGACAACCAUAUCGAUCACAUAUUUUCCGCGUUUUCGCGCACGAGAAAUUACGAUAAAAAUGGCCUUAGAGGCUUUGAAAUCCGCGAGUACCACCACUACUUCUUCUCCAUCCUUUUCAUCGUUUGAAAAGGUGGAGGAUCGUCGCCACGGCAAUCACCAAAUCGACUCCAAAGAGCCAUGGACCAAACGGAAGCGCUCUAAGCGGCUGCGCAGCGAAGACCCGCCAACCGAAGAGGAGUACCUCGCUCUCUGCCUCAUCAUGCUCGCCCGCGGCACCACUAGUAGCUCUGAAUUGCCGCCGCAGCCGCCGUCCCGAGACCUUUCUUACAAGUGCUCUGUUUGCAACAAGGGGUUCUCCUCUUACCAAGCUCUUGGCGGACACAAGGCCAGCCACCGCAAGUCCGACUCUUCCGCCGCCGCCAUGGUCGACCAGCAAAUCUCCGCCGCUUCCGCCGUGACAACAACAAGCGGUAGGACCCACGAGUGCUCUAUCUGCCACAAGACCUUCCCCACCGGCCAGGCACUGGGAGGCCACAAGCGCUGUCACUACGACGGCGGCAGCGCGGCCACGAGCGCUGUCACUACUUCCGAAGGCGGCGGUGCUGGGGCUUCCAGCCAUAGUCAGAGUCAGCGCGGAUUUGACCUAAACAUGCCGGCGUUGCCGGAGUUCUGGCCAGGGUUCGGCGGGGACAAGAAAAGUCAACUCUCCGGCGAGCAGGAGGUGCAGAGCCCGAUGGUGGGAAAGAAGCCGCGGUGGUUGUUGGGUGGAGAUUAAUUUGGAUUUACGUGAAUGACAAAGCUCCGCUGUAUAGCUAGCUAGCUGAUAGCUGCAUGUUUUUAAAUUUUAAAUUUUAUUUGUUCUUCAUUUGAUGGGUUGUUGAAUGCUGUACAGACAAUUCAAUUCGUUCAUUGUUUGUGAACAACGUUGUAGUGUCGCCACUUGGUUAUUAUUUAAUUAAUAUUGUUUAUCUUCAA